UUUUCAUUACUUAAACGCUACCCUAUACAUACUCUACAUAUUAAUUUUCUUCAUCAAUCCUUCUACUUGCGAGCAAAUUUCAUGCCGUGUGUUUCUGUUAAAAUAUCGACACAUGCUCAUCCUGUCUCCUUUUGUGUGUGUUACUUUUGAAGAACAAAUUGCAAGAUCAUGAAGAUAGUACUAAUCUUCUCAACAUCCAUCUUCAUUGCUCUCAUCGAUAAACUCAGCGGUAUCCCUUCAACAGAUGAAUCUUAUAUUCGUGAAUAUAACAUAGUCGAGUUCGAGAAAGACACCCAAGUUUGUAACAUUAAGUUUGAGCGUCCGUUAUUGCAUCGUAAAAUUUCAGGAACAGGCAAUUUCGUUGAUUUUGUUGAAAAUUCAAAAAUUUGGGUAGACAAGAGUCUUCUCGCUGAAAAAAUAGCAAAUGCAGCUGACAGAGUGAUAUUAUUCACUGCCCCGCGAAAGUGGGGUAAAAGCUUGAAUCUGAAUAUGCUGAGAUAUAUCUUUGAAGACUCCUCGAAAGGUGCCUCACCUGAAGCAGAUUUUGUCCGCCAUUUUUUUAAGGAAAAAGUCAUACAUAACGAGAAAAACGGUGGUUCGUUAUCCUGCACACCUUUAAUUUCACAGAGAACUGAUUUUAUGGAGGAAUACUUCCAGAAAUAUCCGGUAAUUGACUUAGAUUUUCAAGGAAUGACCUUGGACACCUGGCGGGGUCAUUUCAAAAGGUGUGUAUCUGAGGUAUACCAAAAGCACAAAUAUUUGCGGAAACAUUGGUAUCGUGUUGCUUCAAAUCAAAGUGAGUCAUUCACUGUGCAAAGAGUUGCGCAAGAAAUGUCGGAAAAAUUUCACAAAUACAUGUUCCAGAAAUUUGACGAUGAUGAUACACUACAAAGCAGUAUUGAAUGGUUAUGCCAGCAUUUGUUCGAGGUGUAUGGUAAACGCUGUUUUGUUUUAAUUGACGAAUUUGACGCUCUGCAAAACUAUAUAAUUUUUGACAAUGCUGUUUGUAACGAAACGGGAACAAACGCUAUCCAGUUCAUGAGAAAUUUUAUCUCGACUUUAAAAAAUCCUUCUUGUGUUGAAAAAGCUGUCUUGACUGGAAUAAUUCGAUUAGCAAAAGCAACCUUAUCAGGUGGUUUGAAUAAUGUACUCGAGUAUAGCGACGUAAAUUUAGCAAAUAUGUGGCAAUUCACACCAUUUUAUGGGUUCACUCCGCACGAAGUGGAAAUGAUAAUACGACAGGAAAAGCCAGAUUCAUUCCAACACUACUUGAGUCAAGCUACCACUUGGUAUGAUGGAUACGGAUCGUUAUGUUUAUGGAAUGGUUCAACGUUCAAUCCUUGGACCAUAAUGAGGUAUAUCGAGUUGUUCGAAAUAAAACCGUAUUGGGAAGAGACUGGUUCAAUAUACACGCUGAACAAAUUACUGAGUUACGAUUUUUUUGAAGAAAUUAUAUACAACGUGCUAAACUCAAAUGUUGGCUACAAUAUCUCCUCAACAAGUCUUCAGAAAAUGGAUGAACACAUAUUGAAAGAAAUUCAAGGAUUACUAAUCAAUGCGGAAAGUGCAGCUUGGUAUGAAUACACAAGAUGUAAAGGAGGAAAAUUAAUCGCUGAUACAAUUGUAUCCCUUCUGUGUCAGGCUGGAUAUUUAACUGUCCCAUCGAAUUUAAAUAUUACAUCGCUGCGGGAAAUCAAUGCAGGUUCCAAGCAAGUUCCAAUUGUUAUACCAAACUUGCAAUUGAGAGAUGUUUGGCAGGGAGUUCGAAUUGAUUCGAUCAGGACUAGAUGUCGCCUGGGAUACCAUGACUCAGUACUUGCUGGUGUAAAUGCUUUUACCUUUUGGUUUGGUCUCGAUGUAGACGAGUCAGAAAAAAUGAUCGGCGAUGCAAUUAAAGACUUUGAAUCAAAGUUGAAUGAUUUAUUUGAAUACUGUGCAUUGUUUGCAAACUUAAAAUUGGACAAAUUCUCAAAAAUGACGGUCGAAGAAUUACGUCGUCGCUACCUGCACCUUGAUGAGGCAGCGGUAAGGAGAACCAUUGCCCCCAUUUUGGAAGAAUUUCGUGCUAGAAUGAAAAUCCCUGUCAUAGAAAAGUACAGAAAAGUCCCGUAUGGUGGACUGGACACUCAAGUGCUGCAAGAUGAUAAAUUACUCAUCAUUGAAUACAAAAGUGAUGAGUCUUGUUCGCUGAAUGCUGUUUUAGAACAGGCUAUUAAGCGUUCUUCCAUUGCCUGGGCGCAAUUCCCAUUUCAAACUUACAAAUGGGUCAAAUUCCUAGCCAUCAAUGUUUACCCAUUGGCUAAUAGCGACGAUAUAAAAUUAGAAGUGAAUUAUACUGGAAUGAAUUGGCAGGACUUUAUAGGCUAUGAGCGAAGGCAGAAUGAAAACAUCCCGAGCAAGGGAAAAAAACAUCUUGCGCAGUAGGCAAGAUUAACCGACUUUGCUCUGUUAUACAGGAAAAUAAACAAAUUUACCGAAAAUUUACGGAUUUACCAAAAUUUACGGAUUUACCAAAAUUUACCAAUUUACCAAAAUUUACCAAUUUACCAAAAUUUACCGAAAUUUACCAAUUUACCAAUUUAGCGAAAUUUAGCUAUUUACCAAAAUUUAGCUAUUUACCGAAAUUUACCAAUUUACCAAAAUUUACCAAUUUACCAAAAUUAACCAAUUUACCAAAAUUUACCAAUUUACCAAAAUUUACCAAUUUACCAACAUUUACCAAUUUACCAAAAUUCACGAAUUUACCAAAAAUUACCCCAGCAAUUUACUAACAUUUAUCUCAGUAAUUUACCAGACAUUACCCACUAAUUUACCAAUUUUACCGACUUUUUCCAUUUUACCAAAAAUUACCUUAACAAUUUACCAACAUUCGCCUCAGUAAUUUACCAGACAUUUUCUCACUAAUUUACCAAUUUUUUACCGAAUUUUAAUUACCCCAGUAAUUUACUGCCAAACGUUUUUACCAAUUUACCAAAAAUUACCUAAGCAAUUUACCAAAAUUUUCGACCAACUUUAAUUACGAGUAAUUCACCAAAAAUAACUAAUCAUUUUAUUUACUAAAAAUUACUAUUAAUUCACCAAAAAAAAAAACUAAUCAUUUUAUUUACUAAAAAUUACUAUUAAUUCACCAAAAAAAAAAAUAUCAAAAUUUACUGGCUAUUUACCAAAAACUUUGUUUUUUGUUAAAACAAAAAUUACACUAGAAAUUUUUGAAAAAUUUUGAUUUUUUAUGGCAAAAAAAUUUUGGACGGAUAAAAUUAACAAAAAAAUUAUCAAAAAAAUCAACAAAAAAUUUUCUCCUCUUGACUCGCGCGGGAUUCGAACACCCGACCUCCGGCGCACCAAUCUGCAACCUACACACCCUAACCACCACGUCUGUUUGUUGGGGGUGAGCCGUUUGCGAGAUAUAAGGGUUUACACAAAUUUCUGCUUAUCCAUAACGUUGAAACACACUUAAACGUUCAUAUCUCGUAAACGGCUGAACCGAUUUCGACCAAAUUAAAAAUUUCUCUAGUUCAGUAUCAAAGCAAUAUUUUGGCAUCAUCAGUUUCGACUUAAAGUUCGGAGCUUUUGAGUUCAGCGUGACACAAAUUUAUACAUAAAUUGAUAUAUAUACCUAUAUAUAUAUAUAUAUAUAAACUUCUCUCGUUUUGCGUCAUACGUCUUAUCGUGAUCAGCACACUUCAAUUCGUCAAGAAAAUCCACCCCCAUCCAAAUCCGCAACCAUCAUGACAAAUACAAUACCUUACUUUUCCGUUUCACGGCAAAGUCGGUAAAAGAAGUGCCACAAUCACAAGAGCCUGAAGAAUGUGGAUAACAUUUUUGGUGUAAAAGAAAUAUCCGAAAAGUGCACAAGUGUUGAUUACACGGAAGAAUCACUUACCUCUACUACAGUUAAGACUGAAACACCAAAUCACCCACCUGCCAAACGUCGUCCACAUUAAACAUACGUUGGACUGAUUGACCUGUGCAAGUAGGGGUUAGAUAUGUACAUGCCAUAUGUAUUUGUAUAACAGACACUUCAAUAAAAUGCAGGAAAAAUUUCAAAUUUUUUUGUGUACGUUUGAUUUUCCUGGCUCGAGCUCAAAGUUUUCAAAACUUGAAACAUUUUCAAUUCUUUCAGUUAAAUUUUUUUUUAGUCAGUGUAGGUGGUAUUUUUUGACAAUAUUACCUAGUAGGUAUUUGUAUCGCUUUUAGACCAUUAGAAAAGUUCAAAGUUGA